AGUCAAAGCGCUGCUCUCUACCAGAUAGCGCGACAUUGUAAAAUCGAAAUAAAAAAACAAAGUAGGGGAACAUGCGCUUCGAUUUUUGUAUUUCUUACCUUCCUUGACCUAUCUAGAUCAGCUGUAGCUACUAAUUUGCCGGAGAAUUCGGUAUCAGCAGCGACUCGUGUAUUGAAUAUAAUCAAUAGGUUUAUCGUAAAGUGAUUUCUGGUAGAGUUGACCUAUAUAAUUUUAUAUAAAAAAUACAACAUGAACAGCCCCCAUCUGCAUAAAGGGUCUAGACAACCAGCAGCAUCGAGAGGUAAACUUCGACUGUACAGCAACCGAUUUUGUCCUUACUCCCAAAGGGUAAUAUUAGUUUUGGAUGCUAAGAAAAUUGCCUACGAUGUUGUCAAUAUAAAUUUGUAUAGUAAACCCGAAUGGUACUAUGAUAAAAGUCCUUUUGGAAAAGUACCAGCUCUAGAAUUAGAAAAUGGCGACGUACUCUACGAAAGUUUAAUUAUAGUUGAUUAUUUAGAUGAAAAAUAUAGGGCACAUCAUCUGCAUAGUCAAGAUCCUUUGCAAAAAGCCAAAGACAGGUUACUCAUUGAACAGUUCAAUCGGGUAAGUGUUGUCAAUGCAAUGUAUAAAAUUCUUUCCAGUAUAGGAAGAGUCAAUCUGGACGAGGAUGAGGCCGUAGCUAACGGAUUAGCUAGUUUUGAAAGAGAAUUAGCUAACAGAGGUACCCAUUUCUAUGGCGGUAAUAAGCCAGGCAUGUUGGAUCUCAUGAUUUGGCCUUGGUGUGAAAGGUCAGAAAUAUUGAAACUGUUUGGUAACGCAAACUUGUUGAAGAAGGACAAAUAUAAAAGGCUGUUGGAGUGGAGCAGACGUAUGGCUGAAGAACCUAGUGUCAAAAGAAGUAUGAUGGACUCUGAUACUCAUAUCAAAUACCUCCAGUCCUAUCGCGCAGGAAGGCCUGAUUAUGACAUGAUUCUCAAUUCUACAGAUUAAAUAUAAUGUUUAAUACAGGACAGUGCAAAUACAUACAUAUUUGGCAUGUUAAUUAUGCAGUACCAUAUGCGUAUAUCACUUGUAUAGUGCCUUUGCAUUUAUAUUGUUUGUUUGUGUUCACAUCUACAAUAACAGCACAAAAUGUUUUAUAACUGGGAAAGUUUUGAAUUUGCCGCUGAAAUGGCGUUACGAUAUUUUUAAAUGUAACAUUAACAUGUUAAAGACUUUCACAAUUAUAAACGUAUUUUAUAUUACAUUGUAUAUUUGUUUCUAACAAUAAAUAAAUAUAUUUUUUUAAUUAAACAUAUAUUUUAACAAUGCUAAAAAUAUAUGUUUUGAUAAGUUUUACGUUUAUUAUAUGUAUAUUUAUUUUAAGUCAGUUAAUAAAUAUUAUUAAAAA